AUGAGCGAGGAAAGUCUGUCCGAAGUGGCCGUUUCCCAAAAGGAACAAUACGAAACCACCGAUUACCUUUCUCAACACAAAGCUUUGGCGUCACAUUUCAUCGGUCUGAAUACCAUCCAAAAGGCCGAAGACUCGCCACUCAAAGAAUUCGUCAAGUCCCAUGGUGGUCACACCGUCAUAUCCAAGGUCUUGAUUGCCAACAACGGUAUUGCCGCAGUCAAAGAAAUCCGGUCCGUUCGCAAAUGGGCCUACGAAACUUUUGGCGACGAACGCACCGUGCAAUUUGUCGCAAUGGCCACGCCCGAAGAUCUCGAGGCCAAUGCCGAAUAUUUGCGUAUGGCUGACCAGUAUAUCGAAGUUCCAGGUGGAACCAACAACAACAAUUACGCCAAUGUCGAUCUCAUUGUAGAAAUCGCCGAAAGAGCAGACGUCGAUGCCGUUUGGGCCGGGUGGGGUCAUGCUUCCGAAAACCCAUUGUUGCCCGAGAGAUUGGCUCUAUCUGCCCGCAAAAUCAUUUUCAUUGGUCCUCCUGGUAACGCUAUGAGAUCGCUUGGUGACAAAAUUUCUUCUACUAUCGUAGCUCAACACGCCAAAGUUCCAUGUAUCCCAUGGUCUGGUACCGGGGUUGACAAAGUUCACAUGGAUGAAAAUGGCUUGGUAUCAGUCCAAGACGAUGUUUAUCAAAAUGGUUGUUGCACUUCCCCUGAAGAUGGUCUUGUUAAGGCCAAAAAGAUCGGGUUUCCAGUUAUGGUCAAGGCUUCCGAAGGUGGUGGUGGUAAAGGUAUUAGAAAAGUUGAAAGAGAACAAGAUUUCAUUCCUCUCUACAAACAAGCCGCCAAUGAGAUUCCCGGCUCUCCAAUUUUCAUCAUGAAAUUGGCGGGUAAAGCUCGUCAUUUGGAAGUCCAACUUCUGGCCGAUCAAUAUGGUACCAACAUUUCCCUAUUUGGGCGUGAUUGUUCCGUUCAAAGACGUCACCAAAAGAUUAUAGAAGAAGCUCCUGUUACCAUUGCUAAACCCGACACUUUUACAGAGAUGGAAAAGUCGGCUGUCAGACUGGGUAAAUUGGUGGGCUACGUUUCUGCUGGUACUGUUGAAUACCUAUAUUCUCAUGAUGAUGAUAAAUUUUACUUUUUAGAAUUGAACCCAAGACUACAAGUCGAGCAUCCAACUACAGAGAUGGUUAGUGGUGUUAAUCUACCAGCGGCUCAAUUACAAAUCGCAAUGGGUAUCCCCAUGCACAGAAUUAAAGACAUUAGAUUGUUUUAUGGUGUCGACCCUCAUACCGCUUCCGAGAUCGACUUCGAGUUUAAGUCUGAAGGCUCUCUACAAACUCAAAGAAAACCAAUCCCCAAAGGUCACUGUACCGCUUGUCGUAUUACUUCCGAAGAUCCAAAUGAAGGGUUCAAGCCUUCUGGGGGGUCUUUGCACGAAUUGAACUUCCGUUCUUCUUCUAACGUGUGGGGUUACUUCUCCGUGUCCAGCAGUGGUGGUAUUCACUCCUUCUCGGACUCACAAUUUGGUCACAUCUUUGCAUUUGGCGAGAAUAGACAGGCCUCCAGAAAACACAUGGUCGUCGCGUUAAAAGAAUUGUCAAUUAGAGGUGAUUUCAGAACUACCGUGGAGUAUCUAAUUAAACUUUUGGAAACUGAAGACUUUGAAGAUAACUCUAUCACUACCGGCUGGCUAGAUGAUUUGAUUUCUCAGAAGAUGACUGCGGAGAAGCCUGAUUCAACUCUGGCUGUCAUUUGUGGUGCCGCCACGAAAGUAUUUAUCGCAUCCGAAAAUGGCCGCAAAGAUUAUAUUACCAGCUUGCAAAAAGGCCAGGUUCCCAACAAAUCUUUGUUGCAAACCAUGUACCCCGUAGAAUUUAUUCAUGACGGGAAAAGAUAUAAAUUCACUGUGGCCAAAUCUGCCGAUGAUCGUUACACUUUAUUUAUUAAUGGUUCUAAGUGCGAGGUUGGUGUUCGUAAGCUUUCAGACGGUGGUCUUUUGAUCGCUUUGGGCGGUAAAUCACACACAAUUUAUUGGAAGGAAGAGGUCUCCGCUACUAGACUUUCUGUUGACUCCAAGACCACUCUGCUGGAGGCUGAAAAUGACCCAACCCAGUUGCGUACUCCUUCUCCUGGUAAACUCGUGAAGUUCUUAGUCGAAAGUGGUGAUCAUGUUCUAGCUGGUCAACCUUAUGCCGAAGUGGAAGUCAUGAAAAUGCAAAUGCCUUUGAUUUCACAAGAAAGCGGUGUAGUCCAGUUGUUGAAACAACCUGGCUCCACUGUUUCAGCCGGUGACAUUUUGGCAAUCCUAGCCCUAGAUGACCCCACGAAGGUGAAACAUGCUUUGCCAUACGAAGGCAUGCUACCUGACAUGGGUGCUCCUAUUGUAGAAGGUACUAAGCCUGCUUACAAGUUCAGAUAUUUGGUUUCUACCCUAGAGAACAUUUUGAAUGGAUAUGAUAACCAAGUUAUUAUGAACGCCUCUUUGCAGCAGUUGAUCGAGGUUUUGAGAAAUCCACAAUUACCUUAUUCCGAAUGGAAAAUGCAGUCCUCUGCUUUGCACUCUAGGUUGCCAAUCAAGCUCGAUGAACAACUAGAACAGCUAGUUAACCGUUCUUUGAGCAGAAAGGCCCAAUUUCCAUCUUCUCAACUAGGAAAGAUGCUAGAAAACGCUUUAAAAGAAUCCGACGAUCCUCUCUUUGGAACUGUCAUUGAACCAUUGUUGGACAUUACCAAUAGGUACGCCCACGGCUUGGACUCGCAUGAACAUUCUGUUUUCGCCAAAUUCUUGCAAAACUACUAUCAAGUUGAAAAGUUGUUCAGUGGCUCUAAUGUUCGCGAGGAGGAUGUUAUUUUGAAACUUCGUGACGAGAACCCUGAAAACUUGGACCGCGUCGUGGUUACCGUAUUGUCUCAUUCUCGCGUUUCUGCUAAGAACAAUUUGAUUCUGGCCAUUUUAAAGCACUACCAACCCUUGUGCAAAAUGUCUUCUGAAGUUUCAUCCCUUAUUGCUGAACCUUUGAAACACAUCGUUGAACUCGAAUCGAAAGCUACUGCCAAGGUUGCUUUGCAAGCAAGGGAAAUUUUGAUUCAAGCCGCUUUGCCAUCUGUCAGAGAGAGAACUGAUCAGAUUGAACAUAUCCUAAGAAGCUCCGUAGUCAAGACUGCGUAUGGUGCUUUUGAUAGCAAACGCAAUGACCCUGAUUUGGAAAUUUUGAAAGAUUUGAUUGACUCCAAUUAUGUGGUAUUUGACGUUCUAACUCAAUUCCUCACUCACCGCGAUGCUUCCGUAGCAGCGGCCGCAGCUGAGGUUUACAUCCGUCGUGCAUACCGUGCUUACACCAUCGGUGAUUUGAAGCAUUACACUACUUCUAACAACGCUGUCGUAGCAUGGAAAUUUCAGCUUCCAUCCGCAGCUUUUGCUUCCGUCCCUCAAGUCAAGAGCAAGAUGGGAAUGCACAGAGCCGUUUCCGUUUCAGACUUAACUUUCAUUUCUGAGGGUGACAACCAACCUUUAAGGACUGGUAUCUUAGUUGCAUCAAACCAUUUGGAUGAUGUUGAUGAUGGUCUUGCUAAGGGUCUUCAGUUGGUACCUCACCACUCCUCCUCUUCUACAGGUCCCGCCCCAGACAGAUCAGGUAGCAGCGCAACCUUGAGCAACAUUGCUAAUGUCUCAGUAUCCUCUACAGAUGGCUUUGCAACCGAAGAAGACGUGCUGGUUAGAUUAAGAGAAAUCUUGGACUUGAAUAAGCAACAACUUGUCGAUGCAUCCAUUCGUCGUAUUACAUUCGUCUUCGGCUAUAAUGACGGUACUUACCCAAAAUACUACACGUUCAGAGGCCCUGGUUACGUGGAAGAUGAAACUAUCCGUCACAUCGAACCGGCACUAGCUUUCCAACUUGAGCUAGGAAGAAUGUCUAACUUCAACAUCAAGCAAAUCUUCACAGAAAACAGAAAUAUUCAUGUGUAUGAGGCUACGGGCAAGAACUCUGCAGUUGAUAAAAGAUUCUUCACUAGAGGUAUUAUCAGAACCGGUCGUAUUAGUGAUGACAUCACCAUUCAAGAAUAUCUCACCUCGGAAGCUAACCGUUUGAUGAGUAACAUUCUAGACAACCUAGAGGUUAUUGACACAUCUAACUCGGAUUUGAAUCACAUUUUCAUUCACUUUUCUGCUGUUUUCGACGUCUCAUUCGAAGACGUUGAAGCUGCUUUUGGUGGUUUCCUAGAAAGAUUCGGGAAGAGAUUGUUGAGAUUGCGUGUCGCUGCUGCUGAAAUCCGCAUUAUCAUCAAAGACCCUCAAACUGGAGCUCCAAUUCCUUUGAGAGCAUUGAUCAACAAUGUUUCCGGUUACGUUGUCAAGACUGAGCUCUACACCGAGGUCAAGAAUGCUCAAGGAGAAUGGGUUUUCAAGUCGUUGGACAAGCCAGGUUCUAUGCACCUCAGACCCAUUGCUACUCCUUACCCAGCAAAGGAAUCUCUUCAACCAAAGCGUUACAAGGCUCACCUUAUGGGCACAACUUACGUUUACGAUUUCCCAGAAUUGUUCCGUCAAGCUACUGUGUCGCAGUGGAAAAAGAUUUCUCCUAAAACCAAGCUGUCAGAUGAGUUUUUCAUUGCCAACGAAUUGAUUGAGGAAGAAGACGGUGAGCUUACCGAAAUUGACCGCGAGGCUGGCGCCAACACUAUUGGUAUGGUUGCUUUCAAAGUCACUGUCAAAACUCCUGAAUACCCUCGUGGCCGUCAGUUUGUUAUUGUUGCCAAUGACAUCACCUACAAGAUCGGUUCUUUCGGUCCUUUGGAAGAUGCCUUUUUCAAUAAAGUUACUGAGUAUGCCAGAAAGCGCGGUAUCCCCAGAAUCUACCUAUCUGCAAACUCAGGUGCCAGAAUUGGUAUUGCUGAAGAAUUGGUCCCAUUGUUCAACGUGUCAUGGAACGAUCCUGAGAACCCAUCUAAGGGUUUCGAAUACUUGUAUUUGACCUCUGAAGGAUUGGCGGAAUUGAAAACUCAACACAAGGAAGCAUCAGUUGUUACCGAACGUAUUGUCGAAAAUGGUAAAGAACGUCAUGUUAUUAAGGCUAUCAUCGGUGCUGAUGACGGUUUGGGUGUUGAGUGUUUGAAGGGUUCCGGUUUGAUCGCCGGUGCCACCUCAAGAGCCUACAAGGACAUUUUCACGAUUACCCUUGUUACCUGCAGAUCCGUUGGUAUUGGUGCGUACUUGGUAAGGUUGGGUCAAAGAGCCAUCCAAAUUGAAGGUCAACCUAUCAUUCUAACUGGUGCACCUGCUAUCAACAAGUUAUUGGGAAGCGAAGUUUAUUCCUCUAAUCUGCAAUUAGGUGGUACUCAAAUCAUGUACAACAAUGGUGUCUCUCAUUUGACCGCUCAAGAUGACUUAGCUGGUGUCGAAAAGAUCAUGGAGUGGCUGUCGUAUGUGCCAGCCAAGCGUGACAUGCCUGUUCCUAUCUUAGAAAGUGAAGAUAAGUGGGAUAGAGAAAUUGACUUUGUUCCAACGAACGAAGCCCCUUACGAUGUCAGAUGGAUGAUUGAAGGUCGCAACACCAGUGAAGGAUUUGAGUAUGGUCUUUUCGACAAGGGCUCAUUCCAAGAGACACUGUCUGGCUGGGCCAAAGGUGUGGUCGUCGGCAGAGCACGUCUAGGUGGUAUCCCUCUCGGUGUUAUUAGUGUUGAAACGAGACUCGUGGAGAACAUGAUUCCCGCCGACCCUGCAAACCCAGAUUCGAGAGAGACUUUGAUUCAAGAAGCUGGCCAGGUGUGGUAUCCUAACUCUGCGUUCAAGACUGCCCAAGCCAUUAAUGACUUCAACUAUGGUGAACAGCUACCACUAAUGAUUUUGGCUAACUGGAGGGGUUUCUCUGGUGGUCAACGUGAUAUGUACAACGAGGUAUUGAAGUACGGUUCUUUCAUCGUUGAUGCCUUGGUUGAUUACAAGCAACCCAUUUUUACUUAUAUUCCACCUACUGGUGAAUUAAGAGGUGGUUCUUGGGUUGUGGUUGACCCAACAAUCAAUGCUGAUCAAAUGGAAAUGUACGCGGAUAUCAACUCAAGAGCUGGUGUUCUAGAGCCAGAAGGUAUGGUUGGUAUCAAGUACCGUAGAGAAAAACUAUUGGCUACCAUGGCUAGAUUAGAUCCAAAAUACAAAGACUUGAAAAACCAGUUGGCUGACCCAAGCUUAACAGCAGAGCAGCAUCAAGAGCUCGCUGUCAAGUUAGCAGCUCGUGAAAAGUUGCUGAUGCCAAUUUAUCACCAGGUGUCUGUGCAGUUCGCUGACUUGCAUGAUCGGACGGGUCGUAUGAUUGCCAAAGACGUUAUCAGUAAAGAGUUGGAUUGGCCACAGGCUCGUCGCUUCUUCUUCUGGAGAUUGAGAAGAAGAUUAAACGAGGAAUAUCUAAUGAAGCGACUAAAUGCCGAAUUACCAACUGCCAAAAGACUAGAGAAGAUCGCCAGGCUAAAUUCCUGGUACCCUGCAUCUGUUAACAGAGAUGAUGAUAGAGUGGUUGCCACCUGGAUCGAAGAGAACUUCAAUGUUUUGGAAGAGCACUUGAAGGCUUUGAAGGUCGAGUCAUUCGCUCAAAACCUUGCGAAGUCCAUCAGAAGCGACCACGAAAGUACCAUUAGUGGCCUAACUGAAGUGUUGAAGCUCUUAUCAGCAGAUGACAAGGAAAAGAUUUUGAACAGUUUGAAAUAA